AUAUGUAAGGCGGAUUUAUCUUACCAUAAUAGAAUGAUGGUGGAUUCUGAGAGAAGCAAGUGAGGAUUAAAAUUACAAAUUUACGGCGGAAGUAAAUGGGGUUUGUUUGUGAUUUUAAAUAAAUGGAUAACUUUUGAUGAUAAAGAAUGGACUGACAAUAUCCAACAUGCCGAAAAAACGACGAUUGGAUCCGUUUCUUCUAUGGAUUUACUUACUUUUCGGGAAUGUGGUACAAGGAGUUGACAUUUCACUAGAGCAUCCAAAUGAUGGGUUUAUAUUGAGGGAGGUUUAUAAUAAAAAUGCUGUUCAGGAUCCGAAUUUAGCAUCUAAAACAUUCAUAGUGAACCAGCCAUCAGAUUUAUAUAAAAUUAAGGCCGAGUAUGGGCCGUAUGAAUCUCAUCAAACUCUCUCCAGAGGGCUUUUAGACGCUGCAUAUUCAAGGAGUAGGAAAAACAAUUCAUUACUUCAUAGAAGUGUAGCCUUUAAUUUAGAUGUAAGUGCACACAUAGUGUCAAAAGAUAUUUCUCCAAAAAUUCCAAAAUUGCAAGUGUUAGUGCAUGCUACGCCUUUUCUAAAGGCGACAGACACGGAAAACCAGCGAUGGUGUGCGCAGGUUUUCGUCGAAGCAAAGGAUGUGGAAUUAUCGUCAGUUUGUAUAAUUAAUGAACGAGACCAUGUUUGUGUAGCAAGUUUGGAUUUACAUAAAGAAUGGUGGACUGAAAAUUCGACAAGUGUGAAAGUUAGUUAUUCUUUUAACAGAAUUGAUCAGAACGAUCAAUGUGCCAGUGCAUCUAAUGUUAUUAUUCCAGGGCGUUCUUUAUUAAACCAUACCGAGAGUGGAAUUUUUAAACAGGAGAUAACUACGUUACAUUUAACAAAAAAUAAAGAAUCUUUUGAUGAAUGGAAAGAUCAGGACAUUCUUAUAGACGUUCCUCGGGAGAUGUUCCAUCAGUCCGAUACGUUUGAAAUUCCGAUACGCCUUGAGAAAAACUCCGAUCUACAAAUAUUUGUUAUGAGGGCUCGCGUAAGGCAAGGUUUACGUAUUACUGGCGCCAGAAUGUUGGACCCUUCUAGUCAGUGGAGUAUACAAGUUGAUAUUAAAGAGCACCAGAAAACUGGAACUGUGACAGCCUUCGUUAGAGAUGCUAAAAUAUACAGGAAAUCUAUGAAAGUACAAGAAUUAUUCCGAUGGCAGAUGGAGGUAGCCGAGGAUACGUAUGACUCUCGUGAUCGCGGCCGUGUUGUCUGGAGUAUCGAGUACCAGCAAAAUGGUAUGACCAGCGAGCGAUACUUGUCCGAAGAUUCAAAGAUCAUCUCUCAGAUCAACAUCCGGAGUAAAGAUCAUCAGAGGCUGGUUCCUGUAUUAAAGGUUACAGAGAUCGUGAAUGCUGCCAUACUGACAGGCUGGGAACAAGUUUAUCCAUUACAGAUUUAUGCCAUAGAUGACACAGACAAACUGACAGACGUUACCAAGGAUACGAAAUGUCACUCGGUAGAAGUUGAUGUUCUCAAGGUGGCCAGUGACUGUACAUCAGUGUUUGUUGAUGGUGCUGAGAGCCGGGGUUCUCACAAUGUCACUAUUAUUGCCAAGAACGGACAGACAACGGCAUUUAUUGAUGUCACUGUCUGGGUGCCAGAAGAACGACUUGAUAUACAGCUGUCUGACACGAAACUUAGUCGAGUAAAAAAUUGGAGGGUGCCAGGACAUGAUCUGAAAAGGACAAAAAGGGCAAGUGACCCCUUUGUCAAAUCCUACCUGGACAAGGGAGAUUCUUCAAAGGGAAGGAAGUGCGAGUUACUACGGCAACAAUCUCUCAUGGAGGUAUAUGCUAGGUUUUACAUCCAAACACCGAAAUCCACCGACUUCUUUAUGGGUCCGGGCACAUACCUUAAGAUCACCGAUCUUGUGAAGGGUCGACUACGUAUGUCUGAUACCCGUAUAGCCAAGCUUGCAGACAAUGUUAUCAAAGGUGUGGAUGAGGGAUGUACGGAGAUACAGCUUUUAUCACCAAGGAACGGUCAUGUUCUGGCAAUGAGAGAGAUCUGUGUAUCACAUGACAAGGUGUCCAUCAAACAGCUGAAUUUAAAACUUGUCACGGGUAUGACCAUGUUUGUUGAGCCAAGUCGUGACACAGAGGGCGCUCUGGUGGCUAAAGCCGUCAUUGAUGGUCAAUUCCUUGGUAAAAAUCAUGAAGGUAUUGUAGAUGUUGAAGUAGUCUUUUCUGAUAUGACAACAGUACCUCUACGAAAAAUUGCACCGGAGGACUACUUUCUACAAGUUAUAGCUGCUGAUCAUAAUAUUGUGGGCGUGGCUGUUGGAGUAACUCCGCCUUACCAACCUCAUGUUGUAGCAAAUGGUGAGGGUGGAGGGGAAUUGCUUACUGUAAUAUUAAGACUAUCAGAACCCUGUGAACGGAAGAAAACUCGACCGUUAAUCACCACUUCCAUGUUUAUCAACGUAGAUUUUUCGCAAGAGCGUAAGGUUUAUGAUGAUAACAGAUACCAGAUGGAUGCACAUUACGAUACGAACCGCGCCAGCGAUAGAUGGGAGGGCUCGUAUCCAAAAGCUCCGGUCUAUACAAUAAACUCUGACGCUGAUGAAAAACCAACAAGAGAUUCCAAAUUUGCAUCAAACAAGUUGAAAAACCGGGACGAAGAGGGCUUACACGUGUUAGCGAUCAAUGACGAUAUUGCCGACUAUGCCAAAGGGGAUUCCGAAGCUAAGCAAGAACCGUUACGUACUAAAACCCUACAAGAUGGUCUUACUCCACUAGAGAUCGGAAUGUACGUACUCCUCGCAGUGUUCUGUGUUGCAAUGACCGUGUUUAUGGUAAAUUGUGUGGUGUUCUUUGUCCGAUACAAGCGAAAACAGAAACCGAUGAAAGCCGGAAGUACCGAAGCAAUAAAGAAUGCAAAUGACUGGGUUUGGAUCGGACGUGCAACUUUAGAGAGAAAUUCUGUUUAUACUCGCUCUUCUCGAACACUGAUGCCGGAAGAAGACUUUAAUGGUAACGUGAAUUCCACGAGACCGUUAAGUGUCGGAAGUAACAGUAGUAGUGGUAGUAGUCAAGCUUCAACUAGUGGCAUUUCCUCAAAUCCUUCAAAUAGCAACAGAAAUAGUGUGGUUUCCACGUACAAAGGGUCAGAAUGUAGUAUAAGAAUUACGACAAACCCGUUAACAGAAGAGGGUGCGAUGGGUGGCGUGCCGGAAGAAACGGUGUCGGAAUGUGGCGGUGUCCCACAAUGGGACUAUGAGGCAAUGGGUAUGAAUUACGAUCAACUCCUUGCGUACUUUGACAAUCUAAAGGAGUCGACGGCAUAACAUUCGGAGAGAAAUUUGACUCUCUUUUUCUAUUUUGUGAAAAUGUGCAACAGAGAAUGGCAAGUUUAUACACUCUUUGAAAGAGAUGGUGUUUAAAAAAAAAAAAUUGUGAUUUUUUUUUUUUCAGAGUAAGAUUUUGUAUUCAGAAGAUAAAGAACUUGUGUAUUGACUGUGCAGUUGGUAUUUAUAACCAGGAAAGACAGGCAAUUUUAGUGCGGACUAUGUGCUUCGUAAAACAACUGCAUAAAUGUGCAUCACCAGUUAGGAUUAUUGACAUUAUUCUGUUGUUAAUGAACCUAUUGUAUAUAUUUUCCAGAAUGUUUUGGGUAUUUAAAAGUCCUUGUUGGUAAUUUAAGUGACUGGUUCACAUUAUUGUACUUCAUUUAAUUGCUUUCGGCUAAUCAGUCUGCAUUUUCAUCUGAGAAUAAUUUUGCAAUUAUGCAAGAUCAGAGACAUAGUUCUUCCUACAUUAGAUUGUUCCUUUUUAUAAGGAUCUCAAAAUUGAAACAGCUUAUUUUAGUCUAUGUUUUGUAAGUCAGGAUUUUGUUGCCAGUAUGUUAUGUUCAGUUGUCAUAUAAUGUUUAUUAGAUUCCUAAAUGUUCAUUGGCUUCCUCAGUGUUCAUUGGAUUCCUUAGUUUUCACUGGAUUCCUCAAUUUUCAUUGGAUUCCUAAAUGUUCAUUGGAUUCCUUAAUGUUCAUUGGAUUCCUCAAUGUUCAUUGGAUUCCUCAAUGUUCAUUGGAUUCCUCAAUAUUCAUUGGAUUCCUCAAUUUUCAUUGGAUUCCACAAUGUUCAUUGGAUAUCCUAUAUUCAUUGGAUUCGUAAAUUUUCAUUGGAUUCCUCAAUAUUCAUUGGAUAUCCAAUGUUCAUUGGAUUCUUUUAUGUUCAUUGGAAUCCUUAAUGUCAUAUGUUCAGUCACUUCAGUUUUUUGGGCAUUUUAGUUUUACUGUAUAGGUGCUAUUUCCACUGAAAAGUUAAUAUGGAGCUUUGUAUGCUAAAGGAGAAAAUAUCAUCACAUACAUGUGUGUACAUGUAAAUUAUAGUCAUUGAUAACUUAGUACUUACCCAUCUGUAUAACAUACAUAAAUGGGAGUUGAAGAUUUUAAGUCCAUGUAUUUUCCAAAUUCAAGUUAUGGAUUAAAAUCCCUAAAUUGGUUCUAGACUGUAUGAUAACCAUUUGAUGCAUAGAUUUGAUCAUGUGAUGCAAAGAUUUGAUCAUGUGAUGCAAAGAUUGAUCAUGUGAUGCAUAAAUUUGAUCAUGUGAUGCAUAGAUUUGAUCAUGUGAUGCAAAGAUUUGAUCAUGUGAUGCAUAAAUUUGAUCAUGUGAUGCAUAGAUUUGAUCAUGUGAUGCAAAGAUUUGAUCAUGUGAUGCAUAGAUUUGAUCAUGUGAUGCAUAGAUUUGAUCAUGUGAUGCAAAGAUUUGAUCAUGUGAUGCAUAGAUUUGAUCAUGUGAUGCAUAUAUUUGAUCAUGUGAUGCAUAGAUACAAAGCUGCAUAUUGAAUAAAAAAGAGAACAAAUCUUGUUUUAACAUUUUGCGAUUGUCUACUCCAGAAUGAUGUUUAACCUCAGUGGUCAUUUUGUUUAAGUCUCAGACUAUACAUUACUUCCCCCUCAGGGUUCUAGGUUGGAAUCCGUUCCAGGGACAUUCAAUUCUUCCAUGUCAGGAAGAUAUCCUGCUACCUUGGCAAUGUAUUCAGGUUCUACACAGGGGCUCGAACCUGUGUGAGAUAAUACAUGAUGAUAUCCUCGGUUUGUUCGAUAAUUUUUCUUGGAGUCUAGCCCGAAAGUCACCAUAUAACAUACAUAAACUGUGUCAGGGUGGCUGAAAACACACAAAAAACAUAUGCAUAAUAUUUAUUUUAUAGGAAAUAUUGCAAAGCGAAAAUUGAAAUUUAAAAAAAAAAUAUUUUUUUUUUAAUAUGUGACUGAAUUUGGUGAUUUUAAUACCACGGAUAUUCUUACAAUAGUUAUAUUUUCAAUAAAGCACAAUAGUGUCCAUGUUGUUCUUCUACAUUAUAAAAUUUUUCUAAAUGUACACAAAAAACAUUUUCAUGUUUAGAAUCUCAUUGCUGUGUUGUCACAGUUUUUUUUAGUGGAAAGAUAACUCUGCAUAAAGAAAAUAAGAGUUACUUCCCAUGGAACCAAACAGCUAUUUUUAGAUUAACAAAAUCGUAAUGUUUAAUAUAGUAACUGGUGCAGAUGCAAUGUAAUUAUUUUGAAUUGCGCAAUUUUUUAGUCAAACAGCACUUUACUCAAAAGUAUAAUUAAUAUGAUCAAAAUAUUUAUGUAUUAUUAUUAUAAUUAUACAAAAUUCCUUUUUUUUUAUUGCAAAUUAAAAAUUGAAAAAUUUAAAUAUAGAUAUGAAGAUUUUUAAAGGAGAUUUUUUUCUCUUGUUUUUUUUUUCUUUUUUGUAAAUUUAUGUAUAUUUGUUAUUUAUAAUAUUUUGUUAGAGACUGUAAGUGAUUUAUAUUUUGUAAAUAGUUUAUAUUUUAUUGUAAAUAUUCGCACCCCUUCUCACUUGGGGGUUUUUACCGCAAAACUAUGGUUUUAUAUAUAUCUGUUUUUUUCUGACAAUGGCUUUAGUUUUGUUGUCGGAACCCCAUAAUCUUGUUGUCAGCUAAUUGUGCUACCUACCUAUACAUGUAUAAAAAUGUUUGUCAGUUAAUUUGUUAAUGUCUUUGCUGUUUUGUUUGUGCGUUGUUUCUUUUUGUUUCUUCAUUUUUUGAAACUCAUGGAAUACCUGUUUUAUCAAAUAAUAUAGAUCAUUCUCUUUUUAUGGGUUUCAGGGAAGUUGGUUGCAUUUGAAGGGAUGGGGGUAGGGGGAGGGGUUAUCUGGGGUUUUCAAGGGGAUUUUGUUUAAUAUAUUUAGGGAGGUUAGAGUUGCAGCUGUGAUGUUUAGCAAAUUUUUGGUAGGAAAGUUUAUGUUAAUACACUAGUACUAGGUCAAUUACCAUGUAAAUGAAUGGUCUUAGUUAUAAGUAAUGGACUGAAUAGGACUGAAAUAUCUCUGUAGAUAACAGGGAAAAAACUAUAUUUAUAUGAAUUAUUGUCAGUUGGAAGAUGGUCUAAAAUAAAAUAAAAAAAUAUUUAAUAAUAACUAUACAGAUAAAAGAAAAAUGUGAACAAAUUUUCUUAACACUUCAAAUUAGCAGCAGCUGUAAAUUUUUGUCAAGAACAGGUUAUUUAAAACAUGGUCUGACUUUAAUAACAUCUGAUUUGAGUUCUGAACUGGAAAAAUAUACAUGCCAACCUUGGCAAAAGAUUAUUCUCAAAACAAUUUUUUUGGCAACACUUCUUUUUAAAAAGUAUCCCUUAUGUCAUAUUAUGUAUACCUAGACUGCUUAUUAAAAAGGGGUAGUUAGCUUCUCUGUGAAUCUCAUACCAUACAUGUAUAUUCAAGGAUCUGAGUGUUACCAUGACAACCUUCUUAACCUUUGACCUCUAGGAACGGAAAAGGGAGUAGCCUAUGCCACCAGUAUAGAGUCAAGUCGGCCUGCACAAACAUGCUGUCUGGCAUGAGGCUCUUACUUUUGGUAGCAAUAUUUUUUUGCAUUUUGAUGUUGCUAUCCCUUUAAUUAUAAUGGACUGUUCCAAAUUCAGAAAAGGGCAAAUACAUUUUACAAAUUGAGGGAGGUUAAAGGUUAAUAAUCUUGAUUAUUUGAUUAGAUAUCAAGAGAUAUGUAAUAAUUGUUUGUGUGAAAAUGUUUGAAAUAAAAUAUGUUUAAACUAAGAGAUCUGAGAUGUAGCUAUACUGGUACAAAUACAGUUUUGAAUUUGAAUGUUAUGCUGGUAAAUUAUAGACAAUGUUCCAAAAUGGAUUUAUAAUAGCAUGUGAAAAAGGUAUUACAUGAAAAUGCAAGGUUAGUAAUAAUUUUUUUCGAGAUCUGUUUUGGAAAAAAAGGGAUUGAAUUGUUAUAUGUUAACUAGCCCACCCACCCUAUCUUUUGUUGUUGCAGAUAUUUUUAUUACUUGUGUUUGCCGCAUUUAUCUUUUUAUCUAGAAAAGACAUUCUAUGGAAUUGAAUUAAGAUUAUUUUAUUUAGGUUUUUCAAGGUAAUCAGGGGGUGCAAAUAAACUUUUAGAAUUACAACUGUGAAAAUAUGUGCAACAGGUUGACUUAUCUAUUGUUUUUUGUUAUGCACCAUGGCGUUAUAACGGUAAAAGUUUUUUUGUACCCAUGGAUUAGCUUGGAAAAAACCAACAUUUGUCGAGUUCCCUAUAACAUCUAUAUACAGCUAUAUCGGUCUUAUAUUAUUGUUACAAAUUGACAGCGCACAUAGGUAUUGAAUGCUUAUAUAAUGUAUACAUGUCCCUUUCUACAUCAUGUUGUUGUUGUUGUUUUCUUUGUCACAAAAUCAUGCAAAACGUGCUUUUAAAGAAGAACACAGAGCUUGUGACUUUGUGCAUAUUAGUGGCUAUGUGUUAUUGAUUAUAAGCCUGGUUGUGAACUUUCUUUGUUUAUGUUUUUAUUUUAUGUUUUAAAUCUUGCCAAUUUUUUUCAUUUUUUGUUCUGUUAUUUGCUAAGCAAAAUGCCAUUUUUAUGUAUAUAAUUAGAUACAAAACCUUUAACUUUGGGUUAAGUCCAAGAAAUCUUCAGGCCCUCUGAUUCAAGCUUAAUUCAUUUCUUACUUUUCUCCUAUAUGUCAUUUCCUAUGCUUUUCUCUAGCUUUUCUUUAAUUUUUACACUUUUGUGUUUUUUCUUUUGUGUAAUUUCUUUUUUCAUCAAGUUUGUAGAAUUUUCCAUAUAAAGAAAUGUUUUACUUUCUGGUAUAUUAGUUACGGGUUUUACACCCUGAUCUGAACAGUGAAUUUCAAUACUGCAAUAGCAAAAAAUAGUUUGAUGAAAUGCAACUGUAUAUUACCUUGUCAACCGUUGAUUGCCAUGAAUUAAAAUACAUGAUUAAUUUCUGAGUUCGACUUUUGUAUGCUUUGUUUUUGUUAUAAUUUAUUGAAUUAUGGCAUUUACUAGGAAAAAUCAUUAUCUGCAAAAUUAUUUAUCAUAAUUAGAAUUAUUGAAGUCUUAAACAAAUGAAAUUUUAUUGAAACUUACAAAUUUUCUUCAUAGGCAACAGAAUGAUUUUAUAAGUUUGUAAAAAUUUAAUUAUAUUAAUGUAUAAACUAUUUAAUACCUCUUUAAUGCGUACUUGCCUUAUUUUAAGUGAUAUUGUUGCACUGUUCUUAUUGUUGACAUCUCUUGUUUUCAUUUUCAUCAACUUUCUCUUCUAUUUGUUGCCAAUCAUAUAUGGAUUACAACUAUUUAUAUAAGAUGAUUCAAGUUACAUAUAACCUGACAAGUUAUCUUUCAUAAGUGAAUACAUAUAACUUUGCUUGUUAUCUUAAAAAUAAUUGAAUACAUAUAACUUGACAUGUUAUCUUUAAAAUAAGUGAAUGCAUAUAACUUGACAUGUUAUCUUUAAAAAGUGAAUACAUAUAACUUGACAUGUUAUCUUUAAACAGCAAAUACAUAUAACUUGACAUGUCUUUAAAAAAGCAAAUACAUAUAACUUAACAUGUUAUCUUUCAGAAGAGAAAACAUAUAACUUGACAGGUUAUCUUAAAAAAGCAAAUACAUAUAACUUGACAUGUUAUACAUAUAACUUGAAAAAGCAAAUACAUAUAACUUGGCAUGUUAUCUUUCAAAUAAGAGAAUACAUACAAUUUGACAAGUUAAAUGAUUGUUUUGUUGACUUUUCUAUUGUCUGUUCUAAUUUAUGUCGAUUAAUUGCAAUAUUUUCAGCAAAUGUUUCUGCUUUUAUAUUAUAAAAUUUUUAAUUUUUUCCUGACAAGUAAUUGAACCAUUUUGAAACUGUAGUAUGAGGAAUGUUUAUAUAAUUCACGUUGUAGUAAACACAUGUGUUCAUGUGUAGUAAAUACAUUAUGUGUUCAUGUGUACUCAAUGCAAGUUUUGUCACAUUUUUUAUAUCAUUUUAAGAAUCAAAUGUCAUUUAAAGUAUCACAGUCAUAGCAUUAUGAACUUGAAGAUCAAAUUAAUUUGAUUGAGGCAACAAUUUAAUGUCAUAUGGUUUAGUAUUUAAAUUGAAUAGAUAUGUAUAUGUAACAUUAAUUAAUAUAUUUUAAAAUACCAAAAAAGUAACAACAAUGUUAGAGUAAACAUGGAAAAAUUUUAUAUUUACUGCGCUAUCAUGGAAUAUUCAUUGAUAUCGUUUUGCAAACAUUUUUAGGACAGGUUCACUUCCUGUUUACGUAACACGUUUAGAAGUGACAUCAGAUUCAUUUCCUAUUACUAUAUUAAGCCUCUCUGCGAAGUUGAUACACGUACUUAAUGACCUGCUUUUAGCUAAAUCCAGUAAAUUCAUUUUCAUACAGUCAAACAUUUGCUUAAUAACUUGCAUUUUGGAUUUUAAACACUAAAUAUUUUAAGAAAUGAAAUAGUAUUAUUAUAUUGAAAUAAUGUCAUUUUCACUUUGAUAUUUUAUAACUGUCUGAUGGCAUUUUCUGUAUUUUAUGAUUGUCCCAGAUCUGAUCAUUGUUCUAGUAUAUAUGUAUACAUGUAGGCUAUAAGCUUUUUAUUCUAUAAAUACAAUGUACACUGAGUACUCUUGUCAUAUUUUAAGGCAUAAAUAAAUUGUUAUUUCAUAAUUUAA